AUGCCUUCGACUGACGCAAAGCCCGUCAUCGUUAUCAUACCUGGUGCUUGGCAUGUGCCAGCCCACUAUGCACACCUCGCACUAAAGCUCAACUCCAGCGGCUACACUGUAGACUGCCUCGAGAUGUCUUCGACCAACGAUGAGAAGGACUUGCCUGAAGAUACAUGGAAAGAAGACAUCUCGAUCAUCCGCAAUGCCAUUACUUCACACACCGACGCUGGCAGAGAUGUAGCAGUUGUGAUGCACUCGUUUGGCGGCAUGAUGGGUUCGGAAGCAGCUUGCGGCUUGGGAAAGAAGGAGACCGAGACAUCUGGCUCUGUCAUCAAACUUGUUUACAUGACUUCUUUUAUGCUCAAAGAAGGGCAACUCCGCUCAGACUUUCCGGAUUGGCCAAACAUUGCUCGCGUCGACGAUGAACAGGUAUGUAAAUCUUGUCUACCACCAUUACGAGCUGAACCAAUGCGCCUCAUGNNGCAGAACCCCAAGGCUCUCAUACCCCUAGAGCCGAUGCACUUCUUCUACCACGACGUGCCAGAACAAAUGAGCCAGCGUGCAAUCGACAAUCUAGGUGGAUGCCCGCUCUCUCAUGUGAUGAACUCGCCUUCAAAGGUCGCUUGGCGCGAGAUUCCAACGGCUUAUAUUGUCUGCGAAGACGACAGAGCCCUUACAAAAGACGGUCAAGAGCAGAUGAUCAAUGCUGUCAAGGCCGAGGGCGUGGAAGUGGAGACUACGUAUUUGAUUUCUGGUCAUAGUCCGUUCUUGAGCAUGCCUGCCGAAACUGCAAAAGCAGUCCGUGGCUUCCUGGAGAAGGCUUGA